AUGGAACCGGAGCCAACCACUUCCGCUCUCCUCAAGGCUAUCACAGCCCUCACCGCCACUGUCGGGACCUUGCAAGCCCAAAUCACAUCCCAAGGCCAACAGCUCAUUGAGCUCAAAGCCAUAUGCAAGGAAACCGCCGACCUCCUCGGGGACAAAGACCAAGGAGCACCACAAGCCCAGCCUGGCCCAUCGACUGGGCCUGUCACUCCUCCCACCCACUUGGGAGGAGAAACCCACACUCCAGGCACGGUUAGGCCUGGACUCAAGGCCCCAUUCCGGCCUUCAAGGGGAACAGGCUUUGAUUCCGAGGAAGAGGAUGAACCAAGGCGGCCAAAGAAAGAGCCUCAGGGAACGCCUGCUAGACAUCUAGGGUCUCUCACCCCCUUUGAUGCAGGGUCCAGCGUGAAGCGGCCCAAAAUGGACCUCCCAGACCCAUACAAGGGAGAUACCAGAGGACGUAAGGCCACCCAGUGGCUUGACAGAAUGAUGCUUUGGGUUGCUCUCCACCGCAACCAAUUUGACAAAGAAGAACAGAUGGUCGUUUGGAUCCUCUACCACAUGGAGGACAAAGCAGCAGACUGGGCGCUCCCCAUCAUUGGGGCCAUCAUUAAGGGCGAGGGAAAUCCCCCCACCAUCCAGGCCUUGACCGGCAAAUUCAAGGAGGCCUUUGCCGACCCCGACGCCAAGCGAGCUGCGGCCAGAAAAAUAGCCGCCCUCUCCCAAACCACAACCACCUCCAAGUACGUCACGGAGUUCCGCAAUUUAAUGGCGGAAUUAGACUGGAACGAGGAAGCCUACAUUGCGCAGUUCACGCAAGGCCUCCAUUGGAAGGUCAAAGAACUACUAUCGACCAAGGAUAGCGUUCCUGACGAGCUCGAGGCAAUUUUUGCGGCCUCCAUUAAAAUUGAUAACAUCCGCCGCAAAAAUGAGGAGAACCGCCCUAAGAAGGCACCCGCUAAGUCCCCGGCCACCACGACCACUUCCACCUCUACCACCACCACUAGGGUCCGCCUAUCCAAGGACCCCAACUACGUAACCCCGGAAGAAAGAGAUAGCCGCCGCGCGUCAGGACUAUGCGUCAAAUGUGGUCAGAAGGGGCACGGGAUCAAGCAGUGUCCUAACGGCUGGAAGGCCACAGUCAAGGAGGCGGUUAAGGUUGCCGAGAAAAAGGACGAUUUAGAUAGAUUUGUCAAAUUUGUAUCAAAUUUCCCAGCAGAACCCCUCAAAACUCUCAUAGACUCUGGAGCCACAUCCAACUUUAUAUCUCCCUCCGUUGUCGAAAAAUAUAAAAUUCCAAAAACCCAACUCGAAAAUCCACGAGUUGUGAGAAUGUUAGAUGGUACAAUUUCUCAGACUGGUCGCAUCUGGCACCAGGUUCAACUCGCGGUUUUGGCCAAUGGCCAUAUACAUUCCAUUCCUUUCCUUGUUUGUCCCAUUGGGAACACCCCGGCUAUUUUAGGCAUGACUUGGUUAACGGCAGAAGCUCCCCUCAUUGACUGGCAACAGGGAUUGGUCACAUUCCCGGAACAGGUUCAGAUUGCCUCUGAGGAAGAAGCAGACCCGGAUCCUUUAGCAGACCUUCCCCCACAGUAUCACGAGUUUGCUAAAGUCUUCGGCGAAGAAGAAUUCAAGGUCCUCCCUCCACAUAGGGAGUACGACAUCGCUAUAGACCUUAUUCCAGAUGCCAAACUAUCUCCAGGCCCCAUUUAUGGUAUGACAGACGCGGAGUCCAAGGCAUUAAAGCAACACAUUGAUGAAGAGCUAGCCACAGGCAAAAUUCGCCCCAGUACUUCAUCAGCAGGCGCUCCAGUCAUGUUCGUGAAAAAGGCAGACGGUUCCCUCAGGCUGGUUGUGGAUUACAGAAAGCUCAAUGACGUAACCCACAAAAAUGUGUAUCCGCUCCCAAGACAGGACGACCUCAUGGCAAAGUUAAGACACGCCAAGAUAUUCACAAAGCUUGACUUACGCUGGGGUUACAACAACGUCCGGAUCAAGGAGGGUGACGAGUGGAAGACGGCUUUUAGGACCAAGUAUGGGCUAUUUGAAUACCUAGUCAUGCCCUUUGGUCUCACCAAUGCCCCAGCCGCCUUCCAACAUUUUAUGAAUGAUCUGUUUAGGGACCUGAUUGACGUAACAGUAGUAAUCUACCUGGAUGACAUCCUCAUCUUCUCUGAGAACCCAGAAGAUCACCCGAGCCACGUCAGGGAAGUACUUUCGCGCCUAAUGAAGAACCAGUUGUUCUGCAAGUUGUCAAAAUGCCAUUUCCAUGUUACCACGGUCGAUUACCUAGGCAUCGUCAUCUCCCCCUCCGGCUUCUCAAUGGACCAAAAGAAGAUAGAAGCGGUAACAACAUGGCCCACUCCCAAAACGGUCAAACAGGUCCAGGCCUUCUUGGGAUUUGUCAACUACCUCCGCCGGUUCAUUCCCAACUUCAGCUCUGUUGCGCGCCCUCUGCACAACCUCACUAAGAAGGAAACCACCUGGUCAUGGGACGGCCUAGAGGAAACAGCUUUUCAGGAAUUGAAGGGUCUUGUCACUAAAUCGCCGGUCCUCAUCCACUCAAACCCAGAACUCCCCUACUACCUUGAAACGGACGCAUCAGGGGUAGCCAUGGGAGCCAUACUCAGUCAGAGGGGUCCAGACAACCGGUUACACCCCAUCGCCUAUAUGUCAAAGUCCUUCUCAGGAGCCGAAGCAAACUAUGACACCCAUGACAAAGAGCUUCUGGCAAUCAUCAAGGCAUUGGAGGAAUGGCGGAUCUUUUUAGAGGCAACAGACAAACCCAUACAGGUGUUUACCGAUCAUCGGAAUCUGGAAUACUGGAUGCAGGCAAGAACAUUCAACCAACGGCACGCUAGAUGGCGCGUAUUCCUGAGCGAUUUUAACUUCGAGAUCCACUAUCGCCCAGGGAAACAGUCAGGAAAACCAGACGCAUUGUCAAGAAGGUCGGACUACGUGGACACACCCCAAGAACCAGAGAUCAUGCUCCCGGCUGAAGUCUUUGCCAAUACCUCAGAAGAAGAACUGGAGAUCGUCACAGAAAUUCGCGCCAAACUCAGGGAGGAUCCAUCCCUCGAGCCCAUCAUCCAAUUCCUCACAGAAGACGCGGAAAAUGCUCCACCCUCGAUUUGCAAAGCUUACAGAGAUUACGAUUGGGAAGAAGACCUCCUCUGGUACCGCGGCAAACUAGUUGUCCCAGAUUCGGAAGCCCUGAAGGGACGAUUGCUCAAGGAAUUCCACGACUCACCCCUGGCAGGGCACCCUGGACAACAAAGGACCCUAGAGCUCCUAAGCCGCAACUACUGGUGGCCAGGGAUGAAAUCAUCCGCCAAGGAAUGGGUGGAAUGUUGUCCUAUAUGUCAAACCAAUUGCCGCGCUUACGCCCCUGUCAUUGCUUUGAAACCCUUAGAAGUUCCCCCUUUCCCCUUCCACACCAUCUCCUAUGACUUCAUCACAGGGUUUCCCAAAUCGAACGGGCACGACGCAAUCCUAGUAGUCAUCGACUCUUUUUCCAAGUUUGGGCAUUUCAUUCCCACCUCAAAAAAGGUCACAGCCAAGGGUCUGGCGGAUCUAUUUGUCAGCCACGUAUGGAAGCUGCAUGGGUUACCAAUUAGAACUAUCUCAGAUAGGGGCACCACGUUCACAGGAAAGUUCCUCAGGGCCCUCUAUCAAAGAUUGGGAAUCAAGCCAUCGUUUUCAUCAGCCUACCACCCGGAAUCAGACGGCCAGACGGAACGAGUAAACCAGUUCAUCGAGUUCUACCUCCGUUCCUACGUAGCCGCGGAUCAUUCAGACUGGGCCACGUGGUUACCAUUGGCAGAGUACGCCUACAAUAAUGCCAGACACGCGUCCACAGGGAAGACACCUUUCGAACUGGUCUAUGGAAAAAAUCCAGUGAUGAAUCCCUCCAACGUACCGUCCAAUGUACCAGAGGCAGACCAAUUAGCAGAUACCCUGGCCAACAAAUGGAAGGAAGCCGAGUCUGCCCUGAGAAUGAGCAAGGAGAGAAUGGCUAGGAACCAAGGGACCUUACCUGAAUACUCAAUUGGCAAAUUGGUCUGGCUAGAUGGAAAAAACGUGGAACUCAGGACCAAUUCCAAUAAACUUGACCCUAAGAGACUAGGCCCAUUCGAAGUCUUGGAAAAAAUCUCCAGUCACGCCUAUUGCCUGAAGCUCCCGGAAACCUUGAAAAUCCACGACGUAUUCUACAUAGGAUUAUUGUCUAAAGUCCACGAGUCCCCUAGCCAACCAUUUCCAGAACGACCCCCUCCAGAAACAAUUGAGGGAGAAGAAGAGUACAAAGUGGAACAGAUCAUCGGUUCCAAAAGGCAACGAGGGAAAUGGUUCUAUCUCAUCAAAUGGAAGGGUUAUGGCCCAGAAGACAACUCUUGGGAACCGGAAGAGCUCCUGAAGAACAGCCAGGAAGAGAUUCGACGCUUUAACAAGUCACGACUGAAAAAGGCUCGUGACUCCGCCAAGAGCCUUUAA